CCCAUAUCCUGCAAGUGGCGGAACACAGACCACGCCUGUCCCCUGAUGUGCUCGCUGAGUGCGGACCGUGAAGGCAGCAUUAAAGUGAGUCACAUGACAGGCCAGCCUCUCCGACGGAUCUGAUACACAUCUAAUAAUCAUGCCGACCACACAGCAGUCUCCCCAGGACGAACAGGAGAAGCUUCUAGAUGAAGCUGUGCAGGCUGUCAAGGUCCAGUCAUUCCAGAUGAAGCGAUGCCUGGACAAGAACAAGCUGAUGGAUGCUCUGAAGCAUGCCUCUAACAUGUUGGGCGAACUGAGGACCUCCAUGCUUUCUCCAAAGAGCUACUAUGAGCUCUAUAUGGCCAUCUCUGACGAACUCCACUACCUAGAAGUUUAUCUGACUGAUGAGUUUGCCAAAGGACGCAAGGUGGCAGAUUUGUAUGAGCUGGUCCAGUAUGCAGGCAACAUCAUCCCCAGACUCUAUCUGCUGAUCACAGUGGGCGUGGUGUACGUUCGCUCCUUCCCCCAGUCUCGAAAGGACAUUCUGAAGGACCUGGUCGAGAUGUGUCGUGGUGUCCAGCACCCGCUCAGGGGGCUCUUCCUCAGAAACUAUCUGCUGCAGUGCACCCGCAACAUACUGCCAGAUGAUGGAGAGCAGUCAGAGGGAACAGAGGAAAUGACGGGCGAUAUCAAUGACUCCAUCGACUUUGUCCUUCUGAACUUUGCGGAAAUGAACAAGUUAUGGGUUCGAAUGCAGCAUCAGGGUCACAGCCGAGACCGAGAGAAGAGAGAAAAGGAACGACAGGAGCUUAGGAUUCUGGUGGGCACAAACCUCGUCCGCCUCAGCCAGCUGGAGGGCGUCAACGUGGAAAAGUACAAACAGAUUGUUCUUGCUGGAGUGCUGGAGCAGGUUGUGAACUGCAGAGACUCUUUGGCUCAGGAGUAUCUAAUGGAGUGCAUCAUUCAGGUUUUCCCAGAUGAGUUCCACCUUCAGACCCUGAACCCUUUCCUGCGUUCCUGUGCUGAGCUCCAUCAACACGUCAAUGUUAAGAACAUCAUCAUCGCCCUCAUUGACAGACUGGCUCUGUUUGCUCAUCGAGAAGAUGGCCCCGGCAUUCCAGCUGAGAUCAAGCUGUUUGACAUCUUCUCUCAGCAAGUGGCCACUGUCAUUCAGUCUCGCCAGGACAUGCCAUCGGAGGAUGUGGUAUCUCUUCAGGUAUCUCUCAUCAACUUGGCCAUGAAAUGCUACCCUGAUCGUGUGGACUAUGUAGACAAGGUCCUGGAGGGCACUGUGGAGAUAUUCAACAAGCUCAACUUGGAACACAUAGCGACCAGCAGCGCCGUGUCGAAAGAACUCACCCGACUGCUGAAGAUCCCGGUGGAUACCUACAACAACAUCCUGACGGUGCUGCAGCUCAAGCACUUCCCACCGCUCUUCGAGUACUUUGACUAUGAGUCGCGGAAGAGCAUGAGUUGCUAUGUGCUAAGCAACACGCUGGACUACAACACCACCAUCGUGGCACAGGAACAGGUGGACGCCAUCUUGAACUUGGUAUCCACACUGAUACAGGACCAGCCAGACCAACCAGCUGAUGAUCCCGACCCUGAGGACUUUGCUGAGGAGCAGAGCCUUGUUGGUCGUUUCAUUCAUCUGCUCCAUUCUGACGACCCUGAUCAGCAGUACCUUAUUCUGAACACAGCCCGGAAACACUUUGGUGCAGGUGGAAACCAAAGGAUUCGCUACACACUUCCUCCUCUUGUGUUCGCUGCCUACCAGCUGGCUUUCAGAUACAAGGAAAACUCGUCAGUGGAUGACAAGUGGGAAAAGAAGUGCCAGAAGAUCUUUUCCUUCGCUCACCAGACCAUCAGUGCACUUAUCAAGGCUGAGCUGGCCGAGCUGCCUCUUCGACUCUUCCUGCAGGGGGCGCUGGCUGCGGGCGAGAUUGGCUUUGAGAACCACGAGACUGUAGCUUAUGAGUUCAUGUCACAGGCCUUCUCUCUGUACGAGGACGAGAUCAGCGACUCCAAAGCCCAGUUGGCAGCCAUCACACUGAUCAUUGGCACCUUUGAGCGAAUGCGAUGUUUCAGCGAGGAAAACCACGAGCCGCUGAGGACUCAGUGUGCGCUGGCUGCGUCCAAGCUGCUGAAAAAGCCUGACCAGUGCCGAGCCGUCAGCAUCUGCGCCCAUCUCUUUUGGUCCGGUCGCAGCACUGACAAAAAUGGUGAAGAGAUCCGUGAUGGUAAGCGGGUGAUGGAGUGUCUAAAGAAAGCUCUGAAGAUUGCCAACCAGUGCAUGGACCCAUCGCUGCAAGUUCAGCUGUUCAUUGAAAUCCUCAACAGAUACGUCUGCUUCUAUGAGAGAGAAAACGAUGCGGUGACUGUCCAAGUAUUAAACCAGCUGAUCCAAAAGAUCAGGGAAGAUCUUCCCAACCUGGAGGCGAGCGAGGAAACGGAGCAGAUCAACAAACACUUCCAUAACACACUGGAGCAUCUUCGCCUGCAGAGGGAAUCCCCUGAAUCCGAGGGCCCCGCCUAUGAGGGCCUGGUCCUUUAAAACUAUUGCAGGUUGGAAGGAUGUGAAGCCCAUCCUUAGAUGUUUCACAAUAUUAUGAAUAUACAACUGCGCACACACAAAAUCCCAUCCUGUAGGCCAGGAAUAAAAUUAAUGUCAAGAAGAGCUAAAAGAACUCUCCUUCAUUUUAUUAUUCAUUUUUCUGCAUCAUUUCCUCCUCGCUGUCCCUCACUAGCAGAAGUGUUUUCUGCGACAGGUCAGAGGUGUUAGAUUUUAAGAAGUGUGUGCCAGCAACACUGCACAAGUCUUGGGCAUCAUUCCUUUAUGAAUUCCUACUUGACCAAUUUGUCUUUAACCUGUAUCAUUUUAUUGUCGAUAGUAGACUGUUGUUGUAGGUGUAUCCACGGAGUCAUCAACCCCUCACUUGUUCACAUCUUUCCAUACUGAGAAGUGAAUGUAUUAGCUGAGUGUAUAAAGGCUACAGCAUCUAGUAGUGGUGUUACAGCUGUGUUGCAUACGAGCUAGUUCCCACCCCUGAAUAAUCAAUAACUCUGCUGUUCUUUAGGAUGGGACCACCCAAACUGAAGACCAGACAAAUGGAAGCACAUACAAACUGGCCCCACAGGAAUGACGCAACAAACGUUGUUCCCAUUAGAAGCUGAUAAAUGUUUUAGAACAAGCAUCUUUUCAUCUGGUCGGGCUUUGACUGUGGGAAAUGAGUCAGUUCAGUUAGUAAUUGUGCAGCCUUUUGCAUGAUCAUAGUCUUCAGCCAGCUGGGCUGCAAAGAAAUGACAAAUAACGUCACAAAUCUAGUCAUCUGUAAGAGCGAAAAUGUACCCCUCCUAAGUCCCACCCCUUUUGGAACCCUGGUUGCUAUGUAUGCUAUGUGCGAGGCUCAUCUAUGUUGAAAAGACAACCACAUUUUGAAGAUGGUUAAGUGACACAUGGUCAAAUCUUAGCCAUCACAUGUAACGAUCUAGUUAACAACUGAUGUAGAGUAGCUAGCUAGGUAGCAAAACCAACAUGGAACAUCUUAAAACAUGACAGCCAAAACAGACAUUUGACUAUACUUUUAACACUGUAGUCUUAUAACAGAUGUAACCAGCUAGCUAAUGAUUAAUGUAGAUUAGCUAGCAUUUUGCUAACAUUAGCUCUACAUGUGUCACUUUUAUCUUUUAACCAUCUUCAAAUGUGGUUGUCUUUUCAACGUACAUUAGCCUAGCACAUAGCAUAUCUAAAUACAGGAAAGGAGAAGGUUGACCGAGGUUCUGACCAGGGCUUGCUCAGCUCUUAUUGGAGCACAGAGCAAAAAGGGGCGGAACUUAGCAAAGGUCAAUUGUCAUAUUUUUCAGAAGAUCCUAUCAUCUCACACUUUUUAAUAACCUCAAAUUUGUCUCUCAAUCUCUCUAUGGACUCCAUAUUUCAUGUGUUCAGUUUAUUUCUGGACUUCUCACCAAUGGAUUGACACUUUCAGACCUGCAGCAUGUGUUUGCAUGCUUUACUGUGCUUGUACCAUGAGGCCUGGUUUUCAGUUUAAACUCUAUAUGGAUCCCAGCAACUACAAUGUCUGACUGUCAUAAUUUUGUCGAUGAAUGAAAUCUUGUUGCUCGGGGACACUGUCCUUUCAGAUGAAUCUGUCGUGAGGGGGGGUGAUGCAGUGAUUCCUCAGGAUAGUAUGCUAGUUGACAAGUUGCCACACUGAGAACGUAACGAUGUACAAGUUUGUGUGUAAGGUUUUGGAAUAGUUUGCUGCAGCAUCUGACAGUGUCUGCUGAUCUCUUUCUUUGCUAUUAUUGUUGAUUUUGUUUGGCCGCAGUAUUGACCAAUUUCUCUCCCCUUUUGAAUCUGUAUGUAAACCCACUUGUAAAUCAGAUAAAGAAAAAUAACUAAAGAUUAAAUAGCAAUUAUCAUUGUCAUUUGCUGAAAUAAAAUUGAAAUUAACAAUACAUAUUUGCAUUUAGUUAAUUUUACACGCAGCAUAUGAAUAUAAUAAAAUCGUAUCAUUAUUAA